AUGGUGUCCCUGCAGUCGGCGCUCCUGCCGGAGGCCAGCAAGCGGCCCCCGUGCCUCUCCUUCGCCGACGCCAGCGUCGUCGCGUCCACCGCCACCAGCAAGAAGCGGAAGCGGGACGGCGAGGUGGAGGAGGAGGACAAGGAGCACGAUGGGAUCGAGCUCAAUUUCGACGCCGCGCCGCUCCCGCUCGAGUGGCAGCGCUGCCUCGACAUCAAGUCGGGGCAGAUCCACUACUACAACACCAGGACGCACAAGAGGACGUCCAAGGACCCUAGGCGGCACGGCGGCGCGGCGCCCGCGGUGGAGGAGGACGUCGCGAAUUGCGGGCCGCAAGGGCUGGACCUGGACCUGAACCUGGCGUUCGAGCCGCGGCAUAGCUCGCCCGUCAAGGAGCUGCAGAAGAAGGCCGAGGCCAAGCCAGCGGCGGCGGGAGGCGAUCGUCACGGGGAUCAGGCGCCGGGCAGCGCGUCCGGCGGCAUGGAGAUGGUGGCGGCCGUGUGCAUGCGGUGCCACAUGCUGGUGAUGAUGUGCCGCGCGUGCCCGGCCUGCCCCAACUGCAAGUUCCUGCACCCGACGAGCCGGCCCACGCCGCCGCCGCCGGAGCCGGCGCCGCUCAAGCUCGGGCUCCAGCUGCUCUGCUGCAGGGACUAG